AUGAGACAAGAAGUGUUGGUGAGGCCGGCGUCAGACCACGCACCGAUUACAUUAAAAUGUGGUCCUCAGAGAAUUGCAAGGUCCCCAUAUAGGAUGGAAAAGUAUUGGUUGUUGGAAGAUUCAUUUUAUGAAGUGUUAAGGUUCUGGUGGAAUCGUUUGCAGUUUAAAGGUUCGGCUAGUUUUGUAUUUGCGAAGAAACUUCAGAGCUUAAAGCGAAUUCUCAAAACUUGGAGCUCAGAGAAGUUCAAGUGUUUAGAGAAAAAGCAUGCUUCAUAUGAACAUGGCAUUUUGAGGCUUGACAGGAAAGAAGAGGUGGACGGUCUAUCAAUCUCAGAGCAUAAUGAAAGAAUAGAGUUGUGUGGAAAACAUAAGGAGGUGUCCCAUCAAUUGAGACAAAAAUGGCAAUGUAGAGCAAAAGUGAACUGGAUAGCAAAUGGCGAAAUAAAUACAUCUUAUUAUCAUGUGGUGGCCAACGGUAGAAAGAAGGCAAAUUGGAUUCAUAAAAUCCAAGUAGGAGAUGUUGAUUUUUUUUCACAAGCUGAAAUUGAAGAUGAAACGAGGAAAUAUUAUUCAGAUCUGUAUACUGAAGACCAGAGCUGGAGGCCGAAAGUUGAUAACUUGAACUUUCCUUCGAUUUCGGAAGAACAAAGAAUAACCAUGGAGCGGCCUAUAGAAGAAGAAGAAGAAAUUUUAGGUGUGAUUAAAGGUCUAAAACAAAAUAAAUCUCCUGGCCCCGACGGGAUGCCAAAUGAAUUCUACAAAGCAACAUGGGAUAUCAUUGAGAGAGAUUUUAUGGCAGUUGUAAAGAAUUUCAAAAUGGGGGAAGAUUGGAUUGGCGUUUGA